AGCGAGCAUCAAAACAUCUUAGCGCGUACGGUACUUCUGCUUCAAAGGUUCGAUACUGUGUCAAGCUCUGAGCUUCGCGAUAAACAGCAGUCCUAAAGAGUACAUAGGUCCAUUCUCACAUUUUCAGCUUAUUUUCUACUAUGCCUCGGAAAAAGCCAUUCAGCAACAAGCAGAAGAAGAAACAAUUGCAAGUCAAACGGGAGAGAAAGAGAGGUGACACAGGUUCUGGGCCAAGCAGUCAAAAUGCCGGCGAGGAUCGAGGAGGAGAGCAGCAGUCAGACACCUCAGACAGUGAGACCACUGAUAUUAGACGAAUAAAUCAGCAACCCUUUAAUAGAGAAGGGAGAUGUGACCCAAACAGAUUCCGACUGCAUUUUGAGAAAGAGAGUAAAGAAGAGGUGGAGAAGAGGAAGACGAUGGCCAGGGAAGACAUUCUGCAGCCAAUCUCUGACAAGGAAUUUGAGAUUGACAUCAGUAGCAUUUAUCCCACAGAGAAAGGUCUUGGGUUCCCGCGACGCCCGUCCUGGAACUAUGAGAUGACACGAGAGAGCCUGUUGAAGAAAGAGGAAAAGUCGUACAGAGAGUACCUCAAUGAGCUGCACGCCAGAAACCCACCUGGCUCUCUGAGCCACUUUGAACACAAUCUGGAAACAUGGAGGCAGUUAUGGAGAGUGUUGGAGAUGUCGGAUAUCAUCCUGGUCAUUGUGGACAUCAGACAUCCAGUUCUGCAGUUCCCUCCAUCCUUGUACCACUACAUCACAAAAACUCUCCAGAAGCAGGCGGUCCUGGUGUUGAACAAAAUUGACUUGUGUCCUCCCCCACUUGUCAUCGCUUGGAAGCACUACAUUACCUCUCAAUUCCCCAACUUGGAAAUAGUCUGCUUCACCUCACACCCUGGACAACCCUACAACACAGUGCUCCAGAAAAAGAGAUUAAGGAGGAAAGCAGAUUGGAGUCACGCUGGAGGUCCGAUUGAUAUCCUGAAAGCCUGCCAGGAGAUCACAGCAGGAAAAGUUGACUUGUCUACUUGGGAACAGAAGAUUCAGAGAGAUUCUGUUGCUGAGAAACCAGAUGGAGAUUGGGCUGAUGAAGGGGGAGAGUCGGUACUGAUGGAGCUUCAAAGUGAUAGUGCUAUGGAGAUGAGCAGCCCAUCCCAGGAGCUCUAUAAAGAUGGAGUUCUCACUCUGGGCUGCAUAGGUUUUCCAAAUGUUGGCAAAUCUUCUGUGAUAAACAGCCUGGUGGGAAGGAAAGUGGUGAGUGUGUCUCGAACCCCAGGCCACACCAAAUACUUCCAGACCUACUACCUCACCCCAACCGUCAAACUCUGUGACUGUCCAGGACUGGUCUUCCCUUCCCAUGUCAACAAACAACUACAGAUUUUGGCAGGAAUCUACCCAGUGUCUCAGCUGCGGGAGCCCUACAGCUCAGUAGGUUAUCUUUGUGAGAGGACCCCUUUCCUUUCUGUGCUGAAGCUCAAACAUCCCAACUGUCAGGAGAACGAACCCAAGCAAGGGGAUCAAGACUCCGAGAAGAUCAAGUGGACUGCCUGGGAUGUGUGUGAAGCAUGGGCAGAAAAAAGAGGAUAUAAGACAGCAAAAGCAGCUCGCAAUGAUGUUUACCGCGCAGCUAACAGCCUCCUGAGGCUGGCCAUCGAAGGCAGAUUGUGUAUGUGUCUCAGACCACCUGGCUACAGCUGCCUGAGAGAACACUGGGAAAAUCAUUCAGAUUUGCCCGAAAUCAUGGCUCUUCAAGGAAGAACGGAGGGAGAAGAGACAGGAGAGGAAGAGGAGGAGGAGGACAGAGAGUCCAGCACUGAACCAGAUGAGGAGAGAGACAGGGAUGCAGAUGAUGAUGACGGAGAUGGCGACGAUGAAGAUGAGGGAUGCGGACAUCCCAAGCAGCAGGGUGACGCGCCUACUGGCUUCAUGCUCAACAUGUACAGCGUCCUUCCUGAACAUGAGUGUGAAUGAUGUGAGAGAAAAGGAUCAAGCAUGUGCUUCAUCUUCCUGCCUUCCUCAUCUUUUCCAGCACUUUGAGGGGUUUUUUUUCUCUCUCUCUCUAAAGCCGGCAUCCCCACUCAUUUCUCCUCACCGCUCUUCCCUUACAUGAACAUGGAACUACUCUCAUUCAUUCACUCCUGUCCUCUCCCGGAGUGCAUUUCUGCACUCUUUGCUGUGCCUCUGCUCUUCUGCGUGUUCGUCCAUUAGGCUUUGUGUCAGGGUCAAAAAGUCUAGUUCUUGUUCUUCUUGUGAUGCUGCUCACAUGGCGACUUUGGUUUGGCCCCUUCCUUGUAUGUGGACUUUUCUCAUAAAUGAACAAAUGUCCUUUGUCUCUUAAAAUGAUGUUCAGUCUGUUUGUCGAUAUGUGACCUCACAGCUGAGAUGCCAAAGAUCGUAAAUGGUUUGAUUAAAGAAAUGCAGUGCACUGUUCAUGACAGCAGCCAUUUGGCUCUGAGCAACUGGCGAUUUGACAACUUGCACCAGUCAAUCCUGUUUAGAGUAUGUUAAGUUUUUGGUUCAGGUCUGUGGGAUGGUGCAAGAGAGGUAUUACAUUGCAAAAGGGUGAUUCUUUAACUACGGGCACUAUUGGCCUUGUAAAUGUAAUUUCCACCACACCAUUACCUUACAAUAUAAAGCGCCUUGGGGCAACU